AUGCGGGAAACGACCAUUACCACACGCAGCAUAGGUAUGGCAUACAGCACCGAGUCAUCGCCAACACGCGUUCUUGCCAACCUGCCGCCACCAUACACGUGGACUGGUGCGCGAGCUGGGGAGCUUCGAGCGAACGCAUCAGACUUUACAUCUACCGUAACCCUUUACAUCGGCCCCAAGCACACACCAUUCAGCAUCCACACUUCUCUCCUAACGACGCAGUCGCCCUACUUCCACGCCGCGCUUACUGGGUCCUUUAUUGAAUCAACCACGAAAUCCAUCACGCUUGACGAUGUAUUGCCCGAUCAUUUCCAGCUCCUCGUCUCCUGGCUGUACACUUCAUCGAUCCCUGCGCCGUUCAAAGACGGAAAACCGGCUUACUACACAUUACUUCACCUGUACAGUCUUGCAGACAGAGUGUGUAUGGAGGGUCUGAGGAACGCAGUCGUAGAUCUGAUUGCAGAUUUGGCAGAUCGGACCAACAGCGUGCUUACACCGAGCGAUACGCGCAUCUUGUAUGAAGGGAUCAGGGACUCUGCGCCGCUGAGGGAGCUCGUGUUGGAUCUGUUUGCGUUCAAGAAGACAGAUAGGCUGGUCGAAGGUCAUGUGGAUAGUUGGCAUGCUGCUUUCCUCCGGGAUCUAUGUGUGUUGCUUAAGAGACCCUGCGGUCAGGCCAUGGCCAGACACAGGCUGAGGAUGUGGUGUCCGGAGAGUUGGCAUGGCGCCAGGAGCUGUGACAACUGCCGCGGCGUGCUGCAGCCUAGGUUUGGCGCUGUCGCGUGCGACGACUGUUGCUUAAGCUUUUGUACCGGGUGCGUGGAGGCUGGUGUUGCCAUGGCCGGGUGGGAUGAUGGGAGAGGAAAGAGCGAGGAUGGUGAUGCAGCUGACACGACAGACGGGGCCAGAGCGGAGUCGAAGGGGAGAAAGGGAGGGAAGUGGGAAGCCUGUAAGCCGUGGCGAGGUGCGAGGUGCGCGUUGUACCAUGAGCAUGCUGAGACAGAGAGGUGUGGCGAUAUCUUCAUGGGAAGGUGA